CUACGUACGUACGUAUAUGGAUGCAAUGACACAGUGCAGAGCAUGAAUGGUGUCAUGUUAUUAUGUAAUACUGUGGCAGCUAAAUGAUGUUUUCUACCGAAGGCGUUUAAGUGUAGACUGAUGAGUGAGAUUUCAAGUUUUGGUGUAGCCCCUCCAUUAUCUUAGCAAAUAUGGCUAACAUUGCUGCAGGCAGAAUACAGAGGGAGCUGAGGGAAGUCAUGAAUAGUGAUGAGGCUAUUAAAAAUCAAAUAAAGAUAGAAUUUCCAAUCGAUGAUUACUCGGAGCUUCAAGGAGAGAUUAUAGGACCGCCAGAGACACCGUAUCAGGGCGGUAGAUUCAAGUUACACAUCAAAGUCCCAGAGACGUACCCCUUUAAUCCACCUCAGGUAAAGUUUGUGACCAAGAUUUGGCAUCCGAACAUUAGCUCCGUGACAGGGGCCAUCUGUUUAGACAUACUCAAAGACCAGUGGGCAGCGGCCAUGACGCUACGCACCGUUCUACUGUCAUUACAGGCAUUACUAGCAGAUGCAGAGCCUGACGAUCCCCAGGAUGCUGUAGUAGCCAAACAGUACAAGGAUGACCAUGAUGAAUACAUCAGAACAGCCAAACAUUGGACAACAGUCUACGCAGGGGGUAACACCAAAAAUCAAGAAUUGGAACAGAAAGUUAAACAAAUUGUAGAAAUGGGUUUUGAAGAAACAUGUGCAAGGGAAGCAUUAUCUUCAUCGUGUUGGGACGUAGCAAAAGCCAUAGAAAACCUAAUGAGUUGAGAGUUACUUUUCUAUUAUCUUCAUGUAUAUUUUCUUCUUCUUUUUUCCUAUAUGUAAUUAAUCUUAUUUAACUAGAAAAUAAGAAAAUCGAGGUGCUCUCUGAAAUGUAAGAGAGAGAGAAAGAUGGAGGUUGUGAAUGUUGCUCUGUUAACCCAUUAGGGACUGGAACCAGGUGGUUCUUAUAUUAAGCAUGUAGGGGAAUGGGAGAACUUAAUAGUCAAGGGGUUAAAUGGUACCCGGGCAGAGGUAACGUUCUUGUUACAGUCCUGGGGUGUUCACUCCUCAAGAAAAACUACAGUUUGCUCAGCUACCUUAAGGAGCCACCUUAAAGUGCUUAGAAAAGGGGUUUUCCCUGAUUAUGCAUUUAUUAGGGAGGUUUGUUCGCAUAGAAAUCCUAUCCCUUUCCUCCUUUUCUCCCUUUUUUUUUAUAAAUAGGGAGUCAUUUUGAAAUCCCAGAACAGACUUGUGUUAUACCA